AAUACGUCUCACAAAAAGUAACAAUUCGAAAAACUAAAACCUUAGCUAAAACCCUAAGCUUUCCCAUAUAUAAUUUCACCUAAGCCCCCAAAACUCUGCAAUCUCGUUUUAUCCAGCGUCUCCAAGCCCCAAAUCUUGGCCAAAGGUUUUUAACUAAGUUAACAGAAUGUCAAACCCCAAAGUUUUCUUUGAUAUCUUGAUUGGAAAAGCCAAAUCUGGCCGAAUUGUAAUGGAGCUAUUUGCUGAUGUUGUCCCAAAAACUGCUGAAAAUUUUCGUGCCCUCUGCACUGGGGAGAAGGGCAUUGGGAUAUCCGGGAAGCCAUUGCACUAUAAAGGCUCAACAUUUCACCGAAUCAUCCCAAGCUUCAUGUGUCAAGGUGGAGAUUUCACAAGGGGGAAUGGCACUGGUGGAGAAUCAAUCUAUGGCAUGAAAUUUGCAGAUGAGAACUUCAAGCUCAAACAUACAGGACCUGGGUGUUUGUCAAUGGCAAAUGCUGGACCAAACACCAAUGGUUCUCAGUUCUUUAUAUGCACUGAGAAGACUCCAUGGCUUGAUGGAAAGCAUGUUGUCUUUGGCAAAGUAGUGGAUGGUUAUAGCGUUGUUAAGGAGAUGGAAAAAGCUGGUUCAGAGAGUGGGAGGACUUUGCAGCCAGUUGUGAUUGAAGACUGUGGUCAAUUAAAAGAGAAUUGACGGAAAAGCAGUCAAAAAUGAAGUUGUGCUUUUCAUAAACUACUGUUCUAGAAUGAUUAUGGUUAAUGGAAAAACAUGAUUUGCAAUUUUGCACUUAUUGUAAAGUUGAAAUUUUAGCUGUAUUUUUGAAGCUGACAUGUUUGUUUGGACUAGGUGGCGGUGAGUUCAUAAAUGCUUUCAUCUGUAAGCCAUCCGUUUUAGUGCAGUAUUGUAAUCAUAGAAAUCUCAAAUCUAUGUAGUGGUUUAUAGUUUAAAUGAUAUGACUUGGAUGAUUGAUGAUUC